AAUAUGGCAAUGAACUCCUCUUUCGAGGAAUUGUCAAAGUGUGCGAAGAGUCUUGAAGCUGGAAUACAUGUGCAUCGAUCAUUAAACCAACUUCUCAAUCUGAAGAUUACUAUGGAGAUAUGCAACUGGUUUGGAUUGAAGCAACUCUUGGAAAAGUAUUUGGAUUCUGAGGAUUUUUCUCAAACUGCGAUGGUUUUAUUGCAUAGAAUUCGAGUUUUGGAGAUGAAGCCGACCGACCCUCGAAAGCGCUUUGCAUCGGAGUCUUAUUCUUCUCAAAAAAUAUCGAAACGUUCACCGAUUCCGUAUAGAAAAGCAGUAACUCUUCAGACAGACUGGAUAAUAGAGCCCCCAUCAGUUCCUGAAAAAGUUCCUGAAUUGAUUGACGUUUCUGAACUUCAAAAUCUGGAACAAUUUGAGUACGAAAGACUGCGCCCAACACUUAUAACUCUCACAGCAAAACGGUUGAAAUCGUUCAUGGAUCGUAAUCCGGAAAUUGAAAAAAUCGCCGAUGGGCUGUUCAGGCGGCAUUGCCAGGUUGAUUGCCCGGAAGACAUGAAGUACAAGACAAGCACAGAAACAUGGAGAACUAUACACGAUGUGCAUAUUAACUGGAAAAUGUAUGAAGAGGCUUUGGCACGGGAUGACGUUGAAUGUGAUAUAAGUUGCAUCGAUCUUGAAUGAACAACUGUUUGAACUGGGUGGUUUUUUCUUCCGAGCGGCUAAAUUUUUUCAGAACACGUUUUUUUUUCAACAAACUUGAAGCAUAAUAUAUAGCUGACACUAAAAGGGUUAAAAAAAACCGACGAACACACAAUAAAGGUUUUAUUCAUUAAAA